GGGGCUUAUGGCGAAUCGGAAAGUGAUUGGUUAUUGGGACUGGGUCGGGUUUGAGUCCAGAUCUUAGGGUUUUACCCGGACCUGGCUGGGAGCUUUUGCCUGUCCCGUCGCGACCAUGUCGUUCUGCAGCUUCUUCGGAGGCGAGGUUUUCCAGAAUCACUUCGAGCCAGGUGUCUACGUGUGUGCCAAGUGCAGCUAUGAGCUGUUCUCCAGUCACUCGAAGUACGCACACUCAUCCCCGUGGCCAGCGUUCACUGAAACCAUCCACCCAGACAGUGUGACCAAGUGCCCUGAGAAAAACCGACCAGAAGCUUUAAAGGUGUCCUGUGGCAAGUGUGGCAAUGGGUUGGGCCACGAGUUCCUGAAUGAUGGCCCCAAGCGGGGACAAUCAAGAUUCUGAAUAUUUAGCAGCUCACUGAAGUUCGUCCCUAAAGGCAAAGAAGCUGCUGCCUCCCAGGGGCACUAGGUGAGCAGCUUUCUUUCCCAGAUGGGCACACCCACUCUCUGGCAGCCCCACGUUAGUGUCAGAACCUCAGGCAUUCGGUCUGGGGUGGGGGCGGGGGUGGGGAGGAGGCUCCCUAUGCGCCCUUGUUUCUCAGGGGAACCACUUUAGAGGAAGCACUUUCUGGAAGGUUUCCACUGCUCUACCAUAUUGAGCUGGGGAUGGGGCCGAGACAUGGGCUGUUUGGAAUCUGUAGGAGACUUGGUUCAGGUCAUCUCUAAAUGACCCUCAAACUGCCACCAAUCUCCUUGGCUGUCCACACUGACCCCUGUGGCGCUCUGAGGAUGUGCCUUGGCCCUCACUAAAGCUUGUGCCUGUCUGUUCUGGGCUCUGCAGGACAUGGACUGCGAAUGGCCUGCCCCCUGCCCCCUGCCCCCUGUCCCCUGCCAACCGCUCCAGCCUCAGUCACCGAAUGAUCUGCUCUGGUCAAAUCCUUCUAUGCCAGCCAGGGUGGUGAUGACCCGUGACCUUUGAGGAGGGGAGUAGGCUGAUACCGGGAACUCUUGGAUCCUUGCCUUCUGGCAGAGAAAACAAAACUCCGUUUCAUAAUCUGCAAACUCAUCUUGCCUCACUCUAGCUUGGGGAAGUGACAGUUGUUGCCCCAUUAGCUGGCCAGCGUGGCAGGGACCCUCUUCUCACCACUUUGUCCAGCGUGUACCUCCCAAGAGAAAGCCACUGUACCUUAUUGGUGUGUUUGGAAGCUCUUGACACCUGGGAGAGUGGCUGAAGCUGAGACCCACUCCCCCCCUUGAUUGCUCUCUGGGAUGAUCAAGUAGAAGUCAAUAAACAUGCAGCCUGAGCCGUU